AUGGCCGAUUGGUUAGGUCAAACGGCCAUAUCAAAUCAAUCAUUUUACUUUUUCGUCGUUGGUUUCCAUCAUUUUCGACUCAAUAUGGAACACGAACGUUCAUUUCAAAAACAACCAACAAUCUUUUUGAAUAAAAAACAAGGUUCAGCUAAAGCUAGCAAAACAGGCCGUGCCGAACGUUACACACGCAAUGUUGGUUUAGGUUUCAAAACACCACGAGAAGCUAUUGAAGGUACAUACAUUGACAAGAAAUGCCCAUUCACAGGUAAUGUUAGCAUCCGUGGUCGUAUUCUUACUGGUACAGUAAUGAAACUUAAAAUGACACGAACUAUCGUCAUUCGUCGAGAUUAUUUACAUUAUGUACGAAAAUACAAUCGUUUCGAAAAGCGUCACAAGAAUAUGUCAGUUCACUUGAGCCCAUGUUUUCGUGAUGUACAAAUCGGAGAUGUUGUCACCAUUGGUGAAUGUCGUCCAUUGAGUAAAACCGUUCGAUUCAAUGUACUCAAGGUCACAAAAGCUGCUGGUUCAAAGAAACAAUUCCAAAAAUUCUAA